AUGAGUACACGAAGAAACGGCAUGUCCAGGAAUCAGCGGGUUGAGAGUUUUCGUGGGGAAGGGCCAAACUGGAUCCUAAUAGCCGGUGGUGCCUUGUUGAGCACAUUGUCCAUACGCUUUGGGUACAAGUUAAAGCAGUCAAAACCUGACUCCAAUGGCACUGGUGGAUUAAAACGUUGUUGUGCAGCCAAUGGAGGAACAUCUGACAGAGGAAGAUCUCGAGGAUGCUGCUUGCAUUCUAACGCAUCUUCCUCCUGUGAAAGGAAUAAUGAUUGUUGUUUCCACUGCACUCCUGGAACUGAGAAUGUGGAGGGGAACGACGCUACAAACGAGCAAAUGGUGGUUCCCAGUAAGUCACUGCCUCUUGUGACGGUUCCUGCUCCGUCAUUUAGCAAAGAGAAUGGAGUCAUGUGGGCAUCUUCUCCUGAUCACCUGGAAGUUCCCACGAAACAAUACCAUCACCAGUCGACCUGCUCAGAUUCUCCUUGUGUAUCUGAAUCAGGCUCAGACAUCUUCAGCAAGCGGGAAGUAAUACAGAAACUGAGGCAACAGCUGAAGAGGCGAGACGACAUGGUGCUCGAAAUGCAGGAACAGAUCUCAGAGCUGCAAAACUCGCUUAGCGCGCAGAUGGGACACUCUAGCCAUCUCCAAGCACAGCUAGACGCAACAAACAGGGAUCUGUUUGAGUCAGAGAGAGAAGUGCAGAGGCUGAGAAAGGCAAUCGCUGAUCACUGCGUGGGACACUCCGGUAGCAACGGUUGGAACGGCGAGGUGAACGGGUUUAUGGACAGCGAGAGCAACUAUGAGUCACAGGAAAAGGAAAAGGGAUCAAGGGACGGAGAAAGAAUAGAGAUGCUGAGACAGGAAGUGGGUGAGCUUAAAGAGGUGAUAGAUGGGAAAGAGUAUCUACUUAGAAGCUACAAGGAGCAGAAAACUGAGCUUUCAGAGAAGAUCAAAGAGUUGCAGCAGAGACUGGAUUCACUGCUCCCAAACAUUUUGUAG